CCCGUCCCGGCCACCCCGCUCUUCACCUACAACGGCCUCACCUCCGUGGCUGUGGCCAGCGUCAACAACUACACGGUGGUGUUCCUGGGCACUGCCAACGGAGGCCUCCUGAAGAUUAACUUGGACAGCUCCAUGAAGAUCAUUAGCAGGAGAUCCAUUUCUGUGGCCUAUGGAGAACCUGUUCAUCCCAUCAUGCAGUUUGACCCUUCUGAUUCCACCUACCUCUACCUGAUGACAUCCUAUCAGAUGACGCGGGUGAAGGUGGCUACCUGCAACCAGUACGCAACGUGCACGGAGUGCCUGGCCGCUGCUGACGCUUACUGCGGGUGGUGCACUAUGGAGACCAGGUGUUCGCUGCAGCACGAGUGUGCAAACUUCACGGAGGCCAAUUUCUGGGCAAGCGCGAGCGGCGGGGUGCAGCAGUGCCCAUCUAUGACCAUCCUGGAGCCCGAAAUUAACGUUGACAAGGAGAACCCGGUUCUGAUAAUACAAAUAAAUGGGACAAUCCCAAACCUGAAUGGAACAAACAUAUCAUGUGAUUACGGGAAUAAUGUCCAUACGGUUGCCAGAGUUGCAGGAGAUUAUCUAAACCAGUUCAUUUAUUGCAACUUACUUCCACGAGAAAAAUAUCCAACAUUUCCCGACAACCAAGACCAUGUGAUCGUCAAAACUGCUCUCCGGGUCAACAACAAAAAUAUCAUCUGGGCCAAUUUCACCAUCUACGAUUGCAAAAGGACUGGAAACAUUUACCCAAAGCGAGCAUGCACCAGCUGCCUCUCAACACGGUGGAAGUGCUACUGGUGCCCCUCGAGCUACGCCUGCGUCUCCAACCACUCGCACUGCGAGGAUGCGCUGCAGAUGAGAGAGAAGAUCGAUUGCCCACGGAUUGUGCCUACCUCCUUAGAGCCGGUGCCCACGGGAGCAUCCCAGGACAUCAUAAUUGCUCUGGCUAACGCCACCUUCUCCAAGGAGACGGCUCUGGAGUGCCACUUGGGAGCGGAGCGGACGUUCGAGGCGCGCUGGGUGAACUCCUCGGCCGUCCAGUGCAGCCACGUGCUGCUCCACACAUCAGAGAAAAGCCAACUCUUCCCCAUAAGCCUUCAGCUGAAGGAUCAACCAGACAGAUUUAUUGACAGCCCAGAGACGAUGACAGCAGUUGAUCGCAGCAGAUACCCACGCUGCAGUGGUAGGAGGCCCUGGGCUGGAGAGGAAAUCGAGCCCCUGAGCGGGCCGCGGGCCGGGGGCACCCUGCUCACCAUCCGGGGCCGGAACCUGGGCCGCCGGUUCAGCGACGUCGCCAACGCCGUCCGCAUCGGCAGUGUCAAGUGCGAGCCGCUCCGGGACAGAUACGAGGUCUCCGAGACGAUCGUCUGCCAGACGGGGGAAGCGCAGGAGGUGUUUUCUGACGUGGUAACCGUUAACGUGAGCCGGGAAGGCAAGUCCAGGGAACGAUACUCCUACGUGCUUCCUGUGGUGCAAUCCAUUGAUCCACCAAAUGGCCCAAAAGCUGGAGGAACAAGAGUGACCAUCAGAGGAAGCCGUCUGGACGUUGGCUCCGAGCUCCACGUCCUCGUCAACAACUCCAAAGAGUGCACGGACCUCAGUCGCAAUGAUACCGCGAUCAUGUGCACCAUGCCCUCUGUGGAUCUCACCACGGCUGUGCAAGUCUGCAUCCAGUUUGAGAACAAGUCUUGUGCCAACAACAAUAUCACGUUCAAGUACGAGAAGAACCCGGUUAUAACGGACAUCAACCCUAAAAAGAGUCAGAUCAGCGGGGGCAGAAUCAUCACCCUGGAGGGACGAGGCUUUGAACUGGUGCAGAAUGUGUCAAUGGUGGUACGUGGCAUCGGCCGAGAACACACGAAGUGUAAGGUUCACAGCGACACUGUGAUUACCUGCCCUUCUCCAGCGGCCUCCAACAUCACUGUGGGGAGCAAGCCAGCGCCUGUGGAUUUCUAUCUCAAUGGUUGCCUCUAUGCGGAUGACCGCCCAUCUCUUGAUGAGGAGGUCUACCCAGAGGAGGUCCUGCACAUCAGCAAAUUCAGCUUGGAGUACUAUGCUGACCCCCAGUUCUUCACGGCCAAGAAGGAGAAAUGGAUCAAGCACCAUCCUGGCGAGCCCUUAACACUGGUUAUACACAAAGAGCCUGACAGCCUAGGCUUGGAGAGCAAUGAGUACCAAGUGAAGAUUGGCCUUAUCUCCUGCGAGAUCCAGAUUGUUUCCGACAAAGUCAUUCACUGCUCGGUCAAUGAGUCACUGAGCACCACAGAAAGACAGUUGCCCGUGACGAUCCAGGUCGGAAAGUUCAACCACACAAUUGCCAUGCUACACCUUGGGGGAGGAGAGACUGCGAUCAUCGUCUCCAUUGUCAUCUGCAGCAUCUUGCUGGUCCUGUCUGUUGUAGCUCUCUUUGUGUUCUGCACAAAGAGCCGUAGAGCAGAGCGCUACUGGCAGAAAACUUUGCUCCAGAUGGAAGAAAUGGAGUCCCAGAUCCGGGAGGAAAUCCGCAAAGGUUUUGCUGAGCUGCAGACAGACAUGACAGACCUGACCAAGGAGCUAAACCGCAGCCAGGGGAUCCCGUUCCUGGAGUACAAGCACUUUGUCACCCGGACCUUCUUCCCCAAAUGCUCGUCGCUCUAUGAGGAGUGCUACAUUCUGCCUUCCCAGCAGCCCAACUCCCAGGUGGGCUCCCAGGCCCAGGAAACCCAUCCGCUCCUGGUGGGGGAAUGGAAAAUUCCUGAAAACUGCAGACCCAAUAUGGAAGAAGGAAUCUCGCUUUUCUCCACCUUGCUCAACAACAAGCACUUUCUCAUUGUGUUUGUGCACGCUCUGGAGCAACAGAAGGACUUUGCUGUUAGAGACAGAUGUAACCUGGCUUCCCUGCUUACUAUCGCAUUGCAUGGGAAACUGGAGUAUUACACCAGCAUCAUGAAGGACCUCUUGGUGGAUCUAAUAGAUGCCUCAGCUUCCAAAAACCCCAAGCUGAUGCUGAGGAGAACUGAAUCUGUAGUGGAGAAGAUGCUCACCAACUGGAUGUCCAUCUGCAUGUACAGCUAUCUCAGAGAGACAGUCGGAGAGCCCUUCUUCCUCCUGAUCUGUGCCAUCAAACAGCAAAUUAACAAGGGCUCCAUCGACGCCAUCACGGGGAAGGCCAGGUACACGCUCAACGAGGAGUGGCUCCUGAGGGAGAACAUCGAGGCGAAGCCCCGGAACCUCAACGUCUCUUUCCAAGGCUGCGGGAUGGAUUCCUUGAGUGUAAGGGCCAUGGACACGGACACGCUCAGCCAAGUGAAGGAGAAGAUUCUGGAGGCCUUUUGCAAGAACGUCCCGUACUCCCAGUGGCCAAGGGUGGAAGAUGUUGAUCUUGAGUGGUUUGCCACGAGCACCGACAGCUACAUCCUGCGGGACCUGGACGACACCUCCGUGGUGGAGGAUGGCAGGAAGAAGCUCAACACACUGGCGCACUACAAGAUCCCCGAGGGAGCGUCGCUGGCCAUGAGCUUGCUGGACAAGAAGGACACCACGCUGAGCCGAGUGAAGGAUUUGGAUACCGAAAAAUACUUCCAUUUGGUCCUCCCAACCGAUGAAUCCACCGAACAUAAGAAGUCCCACAGACAGAGCCAUAGGAAAAAAGUCCUCCCGGAGAUCUACCUGACCCGGCUGCUCUCCACAAAGGGCACACUGCAGAAGUUCCUGGACGACUUGUUCAAAGCCAUUCUCAGCAUCCGAGAUGAUAAGCCGCCCGUGGCCGUGAAGUAUUUCUUUGACUUCCUGGAGGAGCAAGCAGAGAAAAGAGGGAUCACAGACCCUGACACUCUGCACAUCUGGAAGACCAACAGCCUACCGCUGAGGUUUUGGGUCAACAUCCUGAAGAAUCCCCAGUUUGUGUUCGACAUUGACAAGACAGACCACAUCGAUGCCUGUCUCUCGGUGAUAGCCCAGGCCUUCAUCGACGCCUGCUCCCUAUCCGAUCUGCAGCUGGGCAAGGACUCCCCGACCAAUAAACUAUUGUAUGCCAAGGAGAUCCCGGAGUACAGGAAAAUAGUGCAGCGAUACUACAAGCAAAUUCAUGACAUGCCGCCGCUCAGCGAGCAGGAGAUGAACGCGCACCUGGCCGAGGAGUCGCGGAAAUACCGGAACGAGUUCAACACCAACGUGGCCAUGGCCGAGAUAUACAAGUAUGCCAAGAGAUACCGCUCCCAGAUAGUGACGGCGCUGGACAACAACCCCACGACGAAGCGCACGCAGCUCCAGCACAAGUUUGAGCAGGUGAUUGCACUCAUGGAAGACAAUAUCUACGAGUGCUGCAGCGAAGCCUAGGCUGGCUGCGGCCCUG